GUCAUCGAAGGCCCGCCCACCCGCCGGCGACCCAUUUCCGAGCUGCACCAGAGCAUGAGGAUCUUAUGGAGGCCAUUUGGAUUCUCAAGAAGACUUCUCAAAGUGGAAAGCUGUAGAAUAACUGAAUCAGAAUCAUUGAUUCCACUAGCUUGGGCAUCACUGAUACAGAAGCUUAGCAGCACACCUGGUAUUUUCUUGUUGGAUCAAAGAAAAAGAUUCUCAACCAUGCCUGAAAUAGAAACAAAUCAGAGAGACUCUGAAUUGUUUUCACCACCCUCUGAUGUUCGAGGAAUGACAGAACUUGAUAGAACAGCUUUUAAAAAGACAAUCACCAUCCCGGUGCUUAAAGUGAGGAAAGAAAUAGUCAAUAAAUUGAUGCGAUCCCUUAAAAGGGCAGCACUGCAGCGCCCAGGCAUAAAACGUGUGAUUGAAGAUCCAGAAGAUGAAGAAAGUAGACUAAUUAUGUUGGAUCCCUAUAAAAUGUUUACUGAUGAUUCCUUUGAGAAAGGAGAACUCAGUAUUUUAAAGCAGCUGAAUGUCAAUCCACAGAUAUAUAAAUAUAACUUGGAACUAACUUAUGAAAACUUUAAGUCAGAAGAAAUCUUGAAAGCUGUGCUUCCUGAAGGUCAAGAUGUGACUUCAGGGUUUAGCAGAGUUGGACAUAUUGCCCACCUGAACCUUCGAGAUCAUCAACUACCUUACAAGCAUUUAAUUGGCCAAGUUAUGAUUGACAAAAAUCCAGGAAUCACCUCAGCGGUAAAUAAAAUUAAUAACAUUGAUAAUACCUACCGAAAUUUCCAAAUGGAAGUGCUAUCUGGAGAGGAGAAUAUGAUGACCAAGGUUCGAGAAAACAACUACACUUACGAAUUUGAUUUUUCAAAAGUCUAUUGGAAUCCUCGUCUCUCCACAGAACACAGCCGUAUCACAGAACUUCUCAAACCUGGGGAUGUCCUAUUUGAUGUUUUUGCUGGGGUUGGGCCCUUUGCCAUUCCAGUAGCAAAGAAAAACUGCACAGUAUUUGCUAAUGAUCUCAAUCCUGAAUCCCAUAAAUGGUUAUUACACAAUUGUAAAUUAAAUAAAGUGGACCAAAAGGUGAAAGUCUUUAACUUGGAUGGGAAAGACUUCCUCCAAGGACCAGUCAGAGAAGAAUUAAUGCAGCAGCUGGGACCACUGUCAAAAGAAAGAAAACACUCUGUGCACAUUGUCAUGAACUUGCCAGCAAAGGCUACUGAGUUCCUCAGUGCUUUCAAAUCACUCUUAGAUGGACAGCCAUGCGGCAGUGAGCUUCUCCCCACUGUGCACUGUUACAGCUUUUCCAAAGAUGCUAAUCCUGCUAAGGAUGUUCAGCAACGAGCUGGAACUGUGUUAGGCAUCUCCUUGGAGGCAUGCAGUUCAGUUCACCUAGUAAGAAAUGUGGCCCCUAACAAGGAAAUGUUAUGCAUCACUUUUCGGAUUCCUGCUGCUAUACUUUACAAGAACCAGACCCUAAAUGGAGACCAUCAUGAAGAUCCACCUAUUAAACGCCAGAGGACAGAUAAAGACUUUUAGGAAGAAAAAACACAAAUUGCUUCAAUCACUUAAUUGGAAAUAUUUUCUCCAGCUCCCCACUAGACCUUUAUGUAGUGAAAUAUCAUUUGUAUGAUUUCUAAUAUUUUAGCAUUCAGUUACUUUAGUAUUGAACCCUUAUAUUUUGCCCUAGUUGUCUUAUAAAUUGGGGAUUAUCAAAUUAAAAUUUAAAUAAGUCUAAAUACAUUUUUAUCUGUUAUAAUUUGAUCAUCAAAUAUAUCUAAUAUUUUAUUAGAUAAAUAUGUUUAAAUAUUGUCUUUCUCUUGGGAAAAUAGUUUUUGAAGGUAGGAUAAUUGCGUGCUAACUAGGAAAGAACUAAUCAUUUUACAGUUAUCCUUAGUUGAAGAGUGUAGCUAAGUUUUAUGUAAGUACUCCUACACUAUUACUAUAAAAGUACUAACAAAUGAGAUUAUUUAGAUCAGAGAUAGGCAGACUAUGAUAGGCAGACUAUGUCCAGCAGGCCAAAUCUGGUCCACCACCUGUUGUUGUAUGGCAAGUGACCUGAGAAUGGUUCUUAUAUUUUUAAAUGGUUGAAAAAGAAUCAAACAGAAUAAUAUUUUGUGACAUGAAAAUUAUAUGAAAUUUGAAUUUCAGUGUCCAUAAAUAAAGUUUUAUUAGAACACACCAUACUCAUUUGUUUACAUACUGGCUAUGGCUGCCCUCAUGGUAUAACAGCAGAGUUGAGCAGUUGCAACACAGAUGGGAUAUGAUUCUCAUCACUUCAUACUGCUGCUCAGCACACUACAAAUCACAGUGACACAGUUAUAACUCAACAACAUUUUGAGUGCCAUGUGUAUUGCCAAGCUAUAACAUUUUAUUUUACUAUUACCAGUAUGUAUCCCUCAUUCCAAAAUAAGAAAAGUGGCCAUUCAUGUUGUGCUUUUAAGGCACAGUAGAGUGUGAAUUUUUUUGACAUUGAAUUAGAUGACAAAGCAUCCAUCCCUGAGCUAAAGUACAAUAUACUUUGACAUUUCUCAAAGAAGUACUCAUUACAGUAUUUCCAACUCACAGGCAAGCAACUGUCAGAAGAAUUAGAUACUUAAACUGGAAAUUCAUGGCAGAAUUUCUUCACAAAAUAAAAAAUGAAAGUGAGGCUACAACCAAAGUAAGUCUCCAAGUGACUCUUCUGUUAAGCCAAGCAAGGAAAACCAUUUACUGUCUGUGAGUUAAUCGUGUUUGAAAGCAGCAGUCUAAGAAAUGUGUCUGGAGAAAGCAAACUUGUCUAGGACUGUUGGCCUUUUGGCAAGGACAGUUGCUCAGAGUUUAGAACAUUGGGAGCACCAUCAAUAGUCAAAAAGGUAAUGAGUCCAAGUAGUUCUUUACUCUUGUUGAGUUGAUAGACAUUACUAAUACUGCUCAGUUCUUGUUUAUUUGAGGCGUCAAUUCUGACUUUGAAGUUACUGAAGCAUUAGCCUCUAUGAAUACUCUGCACGGAACAACUACUGGUGAAUACUUUCAAAGAAACUGAGAAAACUAAUUCUGUAAAACCUGAAGUAGAAUCUGAUGUGUUACAACUGAUGAUGGUUAAAAAGAAAAGUGUGAGGUAGAAAAAGCUCUAAUUGGAAAAAUUUACAAAGCUUAUGAAAAUGCACGGUGUUUAAAACCUAUAGUUAUUCACUAUAUUAUUCACCAGCAAGUACACUGCAGCAAAUAUUUGAAUCUAUCAUGUGUUGGUGAACCAGUAAUGUCAAUGAUAAACUUCAUUUGCUUUCAUGGACUUUAACCAUCUUCAAAGUCCUUGAAUUUUGUCAGAAAUUGAAGCUGAAUUUCUUCAGCUUAACCUAAGUUUUAUUUGCUUAUCAACUGUAAGGUAUGACUGCAAUUUUGGGGGUUCAUGGCCAAGACUGAAAUUUUUCUUAAGAAGAACCAACCUUAAACACUUCUAAAAUACUGAGUGUCUUUGGACCAACCUUAAACACUUCUAAAAUACUGAGUGUCUUUGGAAAUUAGUUUUUGCUAAAGACUUGAUAAUAUUUCUCAAAGAUAUCAACCUACAAUUACAAGGCAAACAUAACUUUAAUGUAAAACAUACUGCAGUAGUCUGAAAUGACUACAACUGUACAUUUCUCAUGCUAUCAAAAAUUAACACAAGAAACAAGAUUUUCAUUCUCUCAUAAAUUAGCAGUGGAUAUAUUUUCUGAGUUCAGCAUUCUUGGAACCUUGGUGCAAAUGCAAAGGAAAUUUCCAUAUUUCAAAAUCCAUUUAACUACAAUUGAACUUCCAUCUGAUCUUCAAUUGGAAGUGAUUAAUGUGUUAUUGUAAUGACAUGCUAAAAGUCAAAUACCAAGGGAUUAAGAAUCUCAUACUUUUACAAAUGCUUUCCAAGUGAUGUAUAUGUUCAGUUAAAAUCACAUGUUCUAGAAUUUGGCAGUAUCUGUCUGAAAAGACUUUUUUAAAGAUGAAAUGUGUAAAAUCUCAUUACAUAUAAUCAUCAACAUGUGAUCAAUUAAAAUUCAUUUUGAUGAUAGGAACACUUAGAACCCCAAUCAAAGGAAAUGUAAUUCCCCAAAGAGCCCUACAAAAAAUGUACUCAAUUAUAUUUUGAAGUCUGUUAAUUUAAAAAAUGGUGCCAAUGUACUGUAUCUCUUGUAUCUACAUAAUGGCCUACAGUUUUGUCUCUUGGCCCACAAAGCCUAAAAUAUUUACUCUCUGGUCCUACCGAAAAAGUUUGAGGACCCCUAAUCUAAGUCAUUAAUUACAAACUUAAAUGCCUUCAGAAGCUAGGUAAUAUAAAUAGAUGAUGGCAAUAAACGGUAAGAAGUAUAGGGAAGUAAUGAAUAGGAGCCUUUAUUCCUUAUCGAAAGACACUUAAAAUGGUUUUGGAGUUCAACCCAACCUAUCCUAUGCAAAACCUUGAGGGCUAAUUCAGCCAGGGAUUGCUAGUUUGGGACUUCUAAUUUUCUUCCUCUCCCUCCCCUCCAAGUGUAUGUAGGUCAAGGGUCAGCAAACUUUCUGUAAAGGGCCAUUUAAUAUUUUAGGCUUUCUAAGCUAUAAGGUCUCUGCUGCCUCUCAACUCUGCCAUAGUAGUCCAAAAGCAGCCAUAGACAAUACAUAAACACAUACAUAUUCCAAAAAAAAAAAUUUAUAUACACUGAAAUUUUAAUUUCAUAUGCUUUUCACAUGUUAAAAAGUAUAUUAUUCCUUUGGCUUUUUCCAACCUUAAAAAUAUACAGACACCAACCUUAACUCAUGGAGCAUACAAAAAAAGGAAGCCCCUGGAUUUGGCCAGGGGUCUACAGUUUGCCUUCUCCCGAUCUAGGUGAAGAUAAUUAAUUUGCAAGUAGGCAUAAGAACUUUUUUCCUAGUACUGUAUUGAUACCUCCAUGUGCUAGGCGAUAAAUAUUAAGUGUGGGUGCAAAUGAUGUUCUUAUUCAUAUGUAAAGUGGUAAGAUCCAUUUAGUCACCCCUUAAUUAGAAAAAAGAGCAGUAUAUAAUUGUAAAGAAAACAGAAUUCCUUAAAUGCUUCUAUUAACACACUUUGUCUCCUCCUUUUUCCCUCAGAGUGGAUAAAUGAACAUGUGAUUAUUUCAUUAUUUAAAUUUGGCUCACCCUAAACUUUUUGAUGUGAUACCUAGUAACUGAACUCUUGGUUAAUCCACUAGAAAGUGACAGCUAGAACACUCAUGAGAUACAAUUUUUUAAUUUUGUUAACUUUUUGACACGUUUUCUGCCACCUUAAUUAGAUUUUGAAAUGAUUAUCCAAACCACCUGCUGACAGCCUAAAGGAAACUUCUAAGAGAAGCUUAAAUCAAAUAUUUAUUGAAAGAAAUUAAGUAAUACUAAAUAAUAAUGCAUCCUAAUUACCAUGUAAAUGUAUUCAAUCCAUUAAUAUCUGCUUAAAAGGGAGUGCAGUUAGUAGUCAAAUCAUGUUCUACAUAAUGAAUUCCUCAGGACUUCUCUCAAGGAUAUCAACACCGUUAUUUAGUUGAUGUCAUUUAUAUCCCAUAUAAGAACUAGAUACUUGAUCUGUAAAAUUUCCUGGAAGUCUUAAGAAGUUUGACUAAGAUUUGGUUUUACACAGCUGUUGUUUAUAAGUUUGACAGUUAUCUCUAGAACAUAGACUCUGCAGUUUAACCACUUGGGUUCAAAUCCAAACUCUUCUCCUUUUAAGAUGUAUUGACCUGGGGCUUCCCUGGUGGCGCAGUGGUUGAGAGUCCGCCUGCCGAUGCAGGGGACGCGAGUUCGUGCCCCGGUCCGGGAAGACUCCACAUGCCGCGGAGCGGCUAGGCCCGUGAGCGGUGGCCGCUGAGCCUGCGCGUCC